AUGUCUAGCUCUUUGACGGCAGAGCAGCAGCGGAAGAUCGAGGAGAACAGACAGAGAGCUUUAGCGAUUAGAGCGCAGAGACAUGCUGCUCAGUCAAACAACCAGACGCCGAUAUCAGUCCUCAACAACCCAGCCAGUGGCCCUCGGCAAGGCAACCAGACGCCAAUAUCAGUCCUCAACAACCCAGCCAGUGGCCCUCGGCAAGGCAACCAGACGCCAAUAUCAGUCCUCAACAACCCAGCCAGUGGCCCUCGGCAAGGCAACCAGACGCCAAUAUCAGUCCUCAACAACCCAGCCAGUGGCCCUCAGCAAGGCACUAGCACUCACUCUGGUCUAGCUGUUCCAAGAGGGACACCUUCUAAUUCAACUCCCCGAACAGGACCAACGCAUAAUACUGUGCCUCAGAAUUAUGUCCCACAGGGUCAAGACAGGAGACCUAACCAGUUGUUUUCUAGGCCAAGGGACAAGUCUGGACAGAAUUCACCAGUCUCCAAUACUGCCACUAAACAGGUGAGGAGUGAUAGCUUGACGUUUUGUACAGUUAUAUUUGUUUUUGGUGUGUGUUUCUAAUCUACUGUUUUUGUGUUUGUCUCCUCAGGUGAAAGUAAUAGACCCACUACCUCUCCCAAAGGGACAACAUUCCUUGAAAGGGUUAGAUGUGUUUACCAGAGAAAGCCCACCUGUGUUCAAACCCCCACAGCCAAAGACAGCAGUGUUACCUGGUCCAUCUCCUUCUUCUACAAGUGCAACUGGCAGUUUCUGUGUUUCUACACCUCAUCCAAAGACCUCUUCUCCUGGUCUGUCUUCCAGUUCUGGAAGUGCCACUGGUAGUUUCUAUAAACAAGGAACCAAACAUGGAGCCACAUCCCCAUCUGUCCAGAGUGCAGUGAGACGGCAGCCUUCCUCCAGCAGUACUGACAUUAGCAAUUCUGUACCUGCGAAGACCCCUGCCGUCACAGUCAGAGGAAAAUGUGUCUCUCACUCAGAGGAGCGUUUCAGAGUGGAAGUCAGCUACCAUGCUGAGCUGAUUGCUGUGUUCAAAAACAUCCCUUCUCGGAACUAUGGUGAGUUUUAAUGGAUGCAUUUCAAUUCAUCCUGGUGAUUUUCUCGUUGAAAGGGGAAAUACAGCUCUACAAAGUGCAAUAACUAUUUCCUUUCUAUUCCUUACCCUUAGAUUACCCACACUUGUUUUCUAUGUCUUCUUGUAUCGCCAACAGACCCUGCUACAAAGAUGUGGAACUUCAGUCUUGAGGACCAUCGUCAGCUAAGUAUGAGGCCUCGGAUACUUUGAGAAGAUAAUCAAAUGUAUCGGUCAAGAAAAGAUGUUGUCUUUUUCCCAAAUUACACUCUCUUCCCUACAGGGCUCUGGUCAAAAGUAGUGCGCUGUAUACGGAGUAGGGUGCCAUUUGGGGCUGUCUAAAAAAAGGCCCAUGUAUUUCCUGUUGUAGUGGAGGAGGCAGGCUCCAUCUCCUGUGUAUGUCUGAAACCUCUGGAGGGGAUGGGGGGUAUUGCCGUGGCGGCGGCGGCGGCGUCUAGCCGGUCCCGUGACGCUCCUGCGCCGGCGGCCCUGCUGAAGCUGUGUAGUGGCUGGCAGAGACCAGGGGCCACCGUACAGGGCCACGCCACCCUGGUGUCACGAUCACGCUUCGAGGUCGCCGUUGGCUACCAUGUUGACGUCAUCGCUGCUUUCAAACAGAUGCCGUCCAAGAACUAUGGUAAGUGGAACCUGUUUAGGGCUGUUGCGGUGACCGUAUUACCGCCACACCCGCAGUCAAAUUCCACCUGACCGUUGAGUCACGGUAAUAUCCUUUUAUACACUGGACAUGCGUUGGUAGUAGAUUAUUACAAUUUAACUCGUUGGUAAAAAAUUAUAACAAAAAUAUAAAGAUUUAAGUUGUCUUUGGUACUUAAUUGGUCUAGCCAAUACUUCAAAAUUAAACUAAUUCUAGUAAUGGCCUUUGAGUGUGGCCUGUAUUAUUAUGAAUCCUGGAUGGACUGGUUACCUAAUGCUACGCUCCAAACCUUCUAUAGGCCUAGGCGAUGCUGUUGGUUCAUUGAUUGUGCAGGGCGACUUACAGAGAAUUAUAGUGAAUUUGUAUUUCAUAGGCUGACACAUUACCUUAAGCUACAGAAUAUCUCACCACAGUGAGUUUCCAUCUCCUCCCUUCUCGCCUUCAUUCCUUUCUCCAGCGCGCAGAGAGGGAGGGGCUGUCAACCGUUUUAAUUAAAUAUGUUUCGUUGUGAAAACAUGUUACUAUCGAUGUUCCCAAACAGAUUUCACUUGGUUUCCCAAAUUAAGCACUGGGUAGCUGGAGGAACAGGGUUGGAGAGCCCAUGGCAUACAGAGUACUGGGUAGCUGGAGGAACAGGGUUGGAGAGCCCGUGGCAUACGGAGUUUGGGCGGAAUAUCACCUGCCGCGCAGCGAGAGGCUGCAUGCUCCUCAAACAGUGGUUGAUGUGUGAAGUGAAAUAAGUGUUCUUAUAAGCCCAGACGUUUCAAUCCUGAGUGAAAUCAGUUUUGAUGGUUGCUGCUAAAAAAAAGGAGGAUCCCAGCUGCUACUAUAUAUUUUAUCAGCUGCUCCUCUAUAAAACCAGAGUAGCCUAACCAGCAUGAUUUCAACUGCAGGAAAGCGGCCUCCAUUCGCUAUUCCAGUGCCCAUGUUCCUACCUGUUUGAUAAUGGGUCAUUCUAAAUCGAAACAUAUUAGUAAAGAUGAAAUAGAGAAAAUGAUCACUUGAUGAGAGAAAAGGGCCUGAGGCAAGGAACAGAGUGUUGCGGCUUUUAAAUAGUCAAUAGCCUGUAGUCGCAUCAUGCAGCCCACAUGUUUAGAUUUUUAAGACAUUCUAAGGUUUGUGUCAUUCACAUUCAAAUUAGCCAAAUAACUCUAAAUCUAGCAUAUAGGACCUGUUUCAAAUGAUCACUUUUACGCUCAACAUAGCAACUUCAUCAUAAUAAUAAUAAUAAUAUGCCAUUUAGCAGACGCUUUUAUCCAAAGCGACUUAGUCAUGUGUGCAUACAUUUUUAUGCAGUCGCUCCGGAAUGGGAAAAAUAUCCUUUCUAUUUUAUUCAGCUAAGUUCAAUUAUAUUCUUCUUAAAAUAAUAUAAAUAAUGGUACGGGACUUAUAAGCAUAUCUUGUCUGCUAAAUUAACUAGCCUAUGGCAUGGAGCAUAAGAGCUGUUAAACAUAUUUAUGUUAUUUUUUUAUUAACGAUCAAUUACCGUGAUACUUGCAUUUGCAUGACAAUAACCGGCUGACAGAAUUUCAUGACCGUCACGGCCCCAGAGCUGUUUGUUCAUUUUCAAUAGUUUUCAAGCGUAUUAUUUUAUUUUCAUAUAUUCAUCAGUAUGACGUUUUGGAUAGCUCUUUGUAAUAUUAUAUAUUGUCUCUUCUGUUAAGAUAUGAAGACAAGGAAGUGGAGCUUCUUGCUUGAGGAUUAUAAAAGACUUAGUGAGUAUUAUCCUGUUGUAGUCAUUGGUUAGACACUUCAUGGUCAUGUGUCCUCUAGCCUUCUCUGCUGAAUGUUCUGCGUCUCUGUGUUCUAUAUUCAGUGACUGUUCUGUGUUCUAUAUUCAGUGACUGUUCUGUGUUCUAUAUUCAGUGACUGUUCUGUGUUCUAUAUUCAGUGAAUAUUCUGUUCUAUGUUCAGUGAAUGUUCUGUUCUAUGUUCAGUGAAUGUUCUGUUCUAUAUUCAGUGAAUGUUCUGUUCAGUGAAUGUUCUAUAUUCAGUGAAUGUUUUGUGUUCUAUUUUCAGUGAAUGUUCUAUGCUCUGUGUGACUCAAUAUUCCGUGUCCUACUUCCCAGUGGAUGCUCUUGGUACCAUUCCAUCAGUAGAGAUUGAGCCUCUCCCUAGGGUUGUGGUCCAGGCGUUCUCUGCCCUGUUUGAAGGCAGCCAGACGUGGCCAUCAGAGGUUCCUGAAGCUGACCUGUCCUCCAUCGACCCCUCAUUGACACGUAGUCUCAUGCCCUUCCAGAGAGACGGUGUCAAGUAGGUGUUAUUCUCACUGUUAACAUUACCAUACAAUUGGGUGUUAUUCAUUAGGGCACACCAUAGCAAAACGUUUAGCAAUGGAAAGCAGAAAUUAGCGUUUCAUAUUGGAUAUUUCCAAUCCCACGUUUCCGGUUUUUUUCUCCUUCGUUUUGUGCCUAAUGAAUUCAACUCUUAUGUAUCUGGUUCUUCUUCGCAAUAGCCAAAAAGGAUGUUUUAUAUUGUGAUAAUCAGUCUGUUUGUAUUAAACCUUGGUUGUCUCGCUAGGAAUACAGAGUUUGAUGGUUCUUGAUUAAUGGUCUGUUUGUAUGCAGUUGUAUUAAACCUUGGUUGUCUCCUCCAGCUUUGCGGUGUCCAAAGAUGGCCGCCUCCUCCUGGCGGAUGACAUGGGUCUGGGGAAGACAGUUCAGGCCAUCUGCAUAGCUGCCUACUACAGGAAAGAGUGGCCUCUAUUAGUGGUGGCCCCCUCUUCGGUCAGAUUCACCUGGGCUGAGGUACAACCACAUCUGUUGUGAAGUUAGCUAAAGACUUGCAUCUAUUAUUAACUAUAUACGUUGGUAUUAUUAUUAUCUUAUUAGCUAUAGGUCUAGACUAUGGUAUUUAUUAAAAUGAUAAAUUGUGUAAUUUCCUCAGUGCCAAUAAAGGUCAUGGAGUGGUACAUUAUUGAGGAAUACAAAGUUAGUUUUGUAUUUCCCCUGAUGGUUCUUGAUGGAUCGGUUCUGUUCUUUCUGUUUAGGGGACAAACUGCCAUUCCUGUUGUCCAUGAAUUCAAUAGACACUGUCAAUCAUGUCCAGGGGUAUACAGUUGAAGUCGGAAGUUUACAUACACUUAGGUUGGCGUUAUUAAAACAAGUUUUUCAACCACUCCACACAUUUCUUGUUAACAAAGUAUAAUUUUGACAAGUCGGUUAGGACAUCUACUUUGUGCAUGACACAAGUCAUUUUUCCAACAAUUGUUUACAGACAGAUUAUUUCACUUAUAAUUCACUGUAUCACAAUUCCAGUGGGUCAGAAGUUUACAUACACUAAGUUGACUGUGCCUUUAAACGGCUUGGAAAAUUCCAGAAAUUGAUGUCAUGGCUUUAGAAGCUUCUGAUAGGCUAAUUGACAUCAUUUGAGUCAAUUGGAGGUGUACCUGUUGAUGUAUUUCAAGGCCUACCUUCAAACUCAGUGCCUCUUUGCUUGACAUCAUGGGAAAAUCAAAAGAAAUCAGCCAAGACCUCAGAAAAAAAUUGUAGACCUCCACAAGUCUGGUUCAUCCUUGGGAGGAAUUUCCAAACGCCUGAAGGUACCACGUUCAUCUGUACAAACAAUAGUACGCAAGUAUAAACACCAUGGGACCACGCAGCCGUCAAACCGCUCAGGAAGGAGACGCGUUCUGUCUCCUAGAGAUGAACGUACUUUGGUGUGAAAAGUGCAAAUCAAUCCCAGAACAACAGCAAAGGACCUUGUGAAGAUGCUGGAGGAAACGGGUACAAAAUUAUCUAUAUCCACAGGAAAACGAGUCCUAUAUCGACAACCUGAAAGGCUGCUCAGCAAGGAAGAAGCCACUGCUCCAAAACCGCCAUAAAAAAGCCAGACUACGGUUUGCAACUGCAUAGAUCAUACUUUUUGGAGAAAUGUCCUCUGGUCUGACGAAACAAAAAUAGAACUGUUUGGCCAUAAUGACCAUCGUUAUGUUUGCAGGAAAAAGGGGGUUGCUUGCAAGCCGAAGAACACCAUCCCAACCGUGAAGCACGGGGGUGGCAGCAUCAUGCUGUGGGGGUGCUUUGCUGCAGGAGGGACUGGUGCACUUCACAAAAUAGAUGGUAUCAUAAGGAAGGAAAAUUAUGUGGAUAUAUUGAAGCAACAUCUCAAGACAUUAGUCAGGAAGUUAAAGCUUGGUCGCAAAUGGGUCUUCCAAAUGGACAAUGACCCAAGCAUACUUCCAAAGUUGUGGCAAAAUGGCUUAAGGACAACAAAGUCAAGGUAUUGGAGUGGCCAUCACAAAGCCCUGACCUCAAUCCUAUAGAAAAUGUGUGGGCAGAACUGAAAAAGCAUGUGCGAGCAAGGAGGCCUACAAACCUGACUCAGUUACACCAGCUCUGUCAGGAGGAAUGGGCCAAAAUGUACCCAACUUAUUGUGGGAAGCUUGUGGUAGGCUACCUGAAACGUUUGACCCAAGUUAAACAAUUUAGAGGCAAUGCUACCAAAUACUAAUUGAGUGAAUGUAAACUUCUGACCCACUGGGAAUGUGAUGAAAUAAAUAAAAGCUGAAAUAAAUCAUUCUCUCUACUAUUAUUUCACAUUCUUAAAAUAAAGUGGUGAUCCUAACUGACCUAAGACAGGGAAUUGUUACUAGGAUUAAAUGUCAGGAAUUGUGAAAAACGGAGUUUAAAUGUAUUUGGCUAAGGUGUAUGUAAACCUCCGACUUCAACUGUAUAUUGCUAUUCUUUACACAUUAGUGUUAGUGGAAUCUGGAGGGGUUUCAAUUAAGGAGAACAAAGUGGGUUGUUAUUAGCUAAGUCCUUUGUUUCGAAGUGCUGUGAAUGAUUCAAGCAGUCUAAUUCCUUUGUGUAGUCCUGUAGCUUCGUUAGGUCAUUUAUCUUCAAGAAGAAAAACUGCAAUAUUGAAUUGCAAGAAGCAUUUUCUUUGUCUCGAGUGCACCCAGGAAAUUAAACAGGUCAUAUUUGGGCAUGCAACACCAGAGGCUGGAAAGGGGGGUGUUCUGUUUAUUAAAGGACAGGGAAAGGAGGGUACCUAGUCAGUUGUAUAACUGAGUGCAUUCAACUGAAAUAUGUCUGUAUGGAAUAGGGUUUUAUCUGUCAAUUAUUUGCUUCACCUGCAAUGAAAUGAAAGUUGGUCUCCAUCAGUCCUUUGUCCUAUUCAUCCCUCUGACUGGUCUCUUGUUAUCCCUCAUGGUUCUGAUGUGUUCUGCUCCAUCAGGGUGUGUGUUAGUGGUUCUAAAAUAUACCCUUGUAGUGUAAGGGGUACUGUCGAAUUGGAGCAAGGGGCUAGUUCUCAUUUAAUUGCCGCAUCAGGUUUACAAUCAAAGAGGAAGGUCUUAGACCGCCAGAAGUGUCCAUAUGUUGCUGCUGUUACCUCUACUGUUCCUCCCAGACGUGCUCUAGAAUAUAUAGCAUUGGAGUGGUAACUGGGGUAACUAGUUUGAGAUAAAGCCACAGCAGUCGGUUUGAAACUUUAGGGCCAUUGAAUGUGGUUAUAGCUAGAAUAGAUUUAAAUGUUGUCUUUCUCUGCAUGAUUGGCCUCUUUCAAAAACAUGGACGUCACAAUGUUAACCUUAAUGAUCGUCAAGGAGGAACCAUACACUCCGGGACACCACGUUCACCAAAAUGGAUCGCUCCUACAGACAGUGAGUCACGUGGCCGUGACUUGCUAUAUAAAGCAGGCAGACAGGCAUCGAGGCAUUCAGUUACUGUUCGAUUGAACAUUAGAAUGGGAACAAUGAGUGGCCUAAGCAACUUUUAACGUGGUAUGACCGUCGGUUCCAGUAUCUCAGAAACGGCUGACCUCCUGGGCUUCCAGGGUUUACUGAGAAUGGAGCGACAAACAAAAAACAUCCAGUCAGCGGCCGUCCUGUGGGCGAAAACACAGCGGCCGUCCUGUGGGCGAAAACAACUCGUUGAUGAGAGGGGUUCGAAGGAGAAUGGCAAGUAUUGUGCAAGCUAACAGGCGGCCCAAAAACAGACAAAUAACGGCGCAGUACAACAGUGGUGUGCAGAACGGCAUCUCGGAAACACACAACUCGUUGGUCCUUGUGUCACGAAUGGGCUGUUGCAGCAGACGACCACACCAGGAUCCACUCCUCCAUCAGCGGCUCCAGUGGGCACGCGGUCAACAACACUGGACAAUUGAGGAGUGGAAAAACAUCGCCUGGUCCUACGAAUCCCGGUUCCUGUUGCGUCAUGCUGAUGCCAGAGUCAGGAUCUGGCAUAAGCAGCAUGAGUCCAUGGCCCCAUCCUGCCUGGUGCCAACGGUACAGGCUGGUGGCGGUGGUGUAAUGGUGUGGGGAAUGUUUUCCUGGCACACGUUAGGUCCCUUGAUACCAAUUGAGCAACAUUUGAAUGCCACACCUUGUAGAAUCCAUGCCCCGAAGAAUUUAGGCUGUUCUGGAGGCAAAGGGAGGUCCGACCCAGUACUAGAUUGGUGUACCUAAUAAACUGAGUAUAUAUGGACGCUUACAUAGUAACCCAUUUUUAAAUGAUGUUGAGAAAAUAUGAAUUAAAGGUAGACUCAGAAAUAUGGUCUAAGUUAUAGUAAUUGUUUUUUACUGCACCUGUCAUUGGUCCUACACUAAAACCUGAAAGCCUUUGUUGGGCUGUGUUUUGUUUAGAGAAUCUGCUAAGCAUCCAGUGGGCACAUAUGUCAACUCUACAGGAUGCCAUUGUUCACAGCGGGUAUCUCCCCUCCUCUCCAGGCGUUCAGGCGGUGGCUGCCAUCUGUGCAGCCUGACAGUAUCAAUGUGAUUGUCAAAGGGAAAGACAACCUGAGGGGUGGUCUGGUCAACAUCAUCAGCUAUGAUCUACUGAGCAGGAUGGACAAGAAGCAGGCAGCUAACCCCUUCAAUGUCCUCAUCAUGGAUGAGUCCCACUUUCUGAAGAACAUGAAGACUGCCCGCUUUAAGUCUGCCUUGCCACUGCUCAAGGUGAUGAUGAUUCUCUUUACUCUUAGGAUCCUUGGAAUUUAGGCUACAAAUGUAUAUAUUCUAUGUAACAAUGUAACAAACGUAAUAGUGAAGUUUUCAUUUGAUCUCUAAGACUGUUGGGUUGGACUGUGUUCUCAUUAGUGUGUUGUCACUGUCUCCAGUCAGCAAAGACUGUUGGAUUAGUUAGAUAGCUGACUGGAGACCGUGACAACACUAAGAUUGUUGUUCUAUGUUCUCAAUCUCAGGUAGCUAAGCGUGUGAUCCUGCUGUCGGGGACUCCUGCCAUGUCCAGACCCUCAGAGCUCUACAGUCAGAUCCUGGCUGUCAAGCCCUCCCUGUUCCCCCGCUUCCAUGACUUUGGGACCAGAUACUGCAAUGCCAGACAGGUAAGUUUAGCCUACAGUACAUUAUCCUAGACCCGCCUGUUACUCUACAGGCUCUAGACCCGCCUGUUACCACUCUACAGGCUCUAGACCCGCCUGUUACUCUACAGGCUCUAGACCCGCCUGUUACUCUACAGGCUCUAGACCCGCCUGUUACCACUCUACAGGCUCUAGACCCGCCUGUUACUCUACAGGCUCUAGACCCGCCUGUUACUCUACAGGCUCUAGACCCGCCUGUUACUCUACAGGCUCUAGACCCGCCUGUUACUCUACAGGCUCUAGACCCGCCUGUUACCACUCUACAGGCUCUAGACCCGCCUGUUACUCUACAGGCUCUAGACCCGCCUGUUACUCUACAGGCUCUAGACCCGCCUGUUACUCUACAGGCUCUAGACCCGCCUGUUACUCUACAGGCUCUAGACCCGCCUGUUACUCUACAGGCUCUAGACCCGCCUGUUACUCUACAGGCUCUAGACCCGCCUGUUACUCUACAGGCUCUAGACCCGCCUGUUACUCUACAGGCUCUAGACCCGCCUGUUACUCUACAGGCUCUAGACCCGCAUGUUACUCUACAGGCUCUAGACCCGCCUGUUACCACUCUACAGGCUCUAGACCCGCCUGUCACCACUCUACAGGCUCUAGACCCGCCUGUUACUCUACAGGCUCUAGACCCGCAUGUUACUCUACAGGCUCUAGACCCGCCUGUUACCACUCUACAGGCUCUAGACCCGCCUGUUACUCUACAGGCUCUAGACCCGCCUGUUACCACUCUACAGGCUCUAGACCCGCCUGUUACUACUCUACAGGCUCUAGACCCGCCUGUUACCACUCUACAGGCUCUAGACCCGCCUGUUACCACUCUACAGGCUCUAGACCCGCCUGUUACUCUACAGGCUCUAGACCCGCCUGUUACCACUCUACAGGCUCUAGACCCGCCUGUUACCACUCUACAGGCUCUAGACCCGCCUGUUACCACUCUACAAGCUCUAGACCCGCCUGUUACCACUCUACAGGCUCUAGAGCCGCCUGUUACUACUCUACAGGCUCUAGACCCGCCUGUUACUACUCUACAGGCUCUAGACCCGCCUGUUACUACUCUACAGGCUCUAGACCCGCCUGUUACCACUCUACAGGCUCUAGACCCGCCUGUUACCACUCUACAGGCUCUAGAGCCGCCUGUUACUACUCUACAGGCUCUAGACCCGCCUGUUACUACUCUACAGGCUCUAGACCCGCCUGUUACCACUCUACAAGCUCUAGACCCGCCUGUUACCACUCUACAGGCUCUAGAGCCGCCUGUUACUACUCUACAGGCUCUAGACCCGCCUGUUACUACUCUACAGGCUCUAGACCCGCCUGUUACUACUCUACAGGCUCUAGACCCGCCUGUUACCACUCUACAGGCUCUAGACCCGCCUGUUACCACUCUACAGGCUCUAGACCCGCCUGUUACCACUCUACAGGCUCUAGACCCGCCUGUUACUACUCUACAGGCUCUAGACCCGCCUGUUACUACUCUACAGGCUCUAGACCCGCCUGUUACCACUCUACAGGCUCUAGACCCGCCUGUUACUCUACAGGCUCUAGACCCGCCUGUUACCACUCUACAGGCUCUAGACCCGCCUGUUACCACUCUACAGGCUCUAGACCCGCCUGUUACCACUCUACAAGCUCUAGACCCGCCUGUUACCACUCUACAGGCUCUAGAGCCGCCUGUUACCACUCUACAGGCUCUAGACCCGCCUGUUACCACUCUACAGGCUCUAGACCCGCCUGUUACCACUCUACAGGCUCUAGACCCGCCUGUUACCACUCUACAGGCUCUAGACCCGCCUGUUACCACUCUACAGGCUCCAGACCCGCCUGUUACCACUCUACAGGCUCCAGACCCGCCUGUUACCACUCUACAGGCUCUAGACCCGCCUGUUACCACUCUACAGGCUCUAGACCCGCCUGUUACCACUCUACAGGCUCUAGACCCGCCUGUUACCACUCUACAGGCUCUAGACCCGCCUGUUACCACUCUACAGGCUCUACUCUACAGACUCUACUCUACAGGCAGUAGAGGACUGUAAGUUCAGCCUAAACCUGGCUCCCCUCAGGUUCCCAGGGGUUUAUAUGUGCAGCUAUUUGUUGUAUUUGUAUGUAUAAUUGGCUGGGAUUUGAAUAGAUCUAAUUCAUGAUGAAUUCAUUUAGGGCUGUUUAGUUGACAGGUCGAUUGUUUGGUCGAUACGCUGUUGGUCAACCAAGAUUUCUUAAGUCGACAAGUAGCAGAAAAUAAAAUGUCAUGGUGUACAAGACACCUGUCUGAUUGGCUCCUGUCUGAGUGGACUGAUCCAUUAUGGAGGCCUGUCUGAGUGGACUGAUCCAUUGUGGAGGCCGUGGGGAUGGCACAGUCCAUCACGCUGAGACAUGAGAUACUGAAAUUGUAUAUUGUUAUAUUACAUAAGAACAAUGGUGCAACACUAAUAAAAAAGUAUAUUAUUUUAUAACAAAUGCGCUUCCUCCCGCGUUGGAUAGUGGUCGCUGUCCACGGUUCUGAAACACAUCAGUGCCUUUUCCUAGACCAUGUUACUAUGUUUACUCGUCAUAUCCAAUUGGUAGUUAGUCUUCUCCCAUCGCUGCAACUCCUGUACGGACUCGGGAGAUGCGAAGGUCGAGAGCCGUGCGUCCUCAAACACAACCCCGCCAAGCCGCACUGCUUCUUGACACACUGCACGCUUAACCCGGAAGCCAGCAGCACCAAUGUGUCAGAGGAAACAAUGUACACCUGCCGACCGUGUCAGCGUGCAGGCGCCCGGCCCGCCACAAGGAGUCGCUAGAGUGCGAUGGGACAAGGACAUCCCGGCCGGCCAAACCCUCCCCUAACCCGGACGACGCUGGGCCUCAUGGGUCUCCCGGUCGCGGCCGGCUACUAUACAGCCCGGUAUCGAACCAGGAUCUAGCAGCAGCUACUCUUCCUGUUGUCCACAUAAAACAUGACAUAAUACAGAACAUUAAUAGACAAGAACAGCUCAAGAACAGAACUACAUCAAUUUAUAAACGGCACAUGUAGCCUACAUAUCAAUACAUACACACAAACUAUCUAGGUCAAAUAGGGGAGAGGCGUUGUUUAUCUGUUGAAACCAGGUUUCCUGUUUACUUGAGCAAUAUGAGAUGGACCGGAGUUCCAUUAAAUAAUGGCUCUAUAUAAUACUGUACGCUUUCUUGAAUUGGUCUGGAUUUGGGGACUGUGAAAAGACCCCUGGUGGCAUGUCUGGUGGGGUAAGUGUGUGUAUCAGAGCUGUGUGUAAGUUGACUAUGCAAACCAUUAGAAUUUUCAAAACAUUAAUGUUUCUUAAUAAAACCUGACUGUUCGGCGUUGUAACCGACUUCAGUGGGCAAAUGCUCACCUUCAAUGGCCACUGGCACACUGGAGAAGUGUGCUCUUCACGGAUGAAUCACGGUUUCAACUGUACUGGGCAGAUGGCAGAUGGCGUGUAUGGCGUCGUGUGGGCGAAAGGUUUGCUGAUGUCAAUGUUGUGAACAGAGUGCCCCAUGGUGGGGUUAUGGUACGGGCAGGCAUAAGCUACGGACAACGAACACAAUUGGAAAUGUAAUGAUGGCAAUUUGAAUGCGUAGAGAUACCGUGACAAGAUCCUGAGGCCCAUUGUCCUGCCGUUCAUCCGCCACCAUCACAUCAGGUUUCAGCAUGAUAAUGAACGGCCGCAUGUCACAAUGAUCUGUACACAAUUCCUGGAAGCUGAAAAUGUCCCAGUUCUCCCAUGGCCUGCAUACUCACCAGACAUGUCACCCAUUGAGCAUGUUUGGGAUGCUCUGGAUCGACGUGUACGACAGCGUGUUCCAGUUCCAACCAAUAUCCAGCAACUUCGCAAAGCCAUUGAAGAGGAGUGGGGCAACAUUCCACAGGCCAUAAUCAACAGCCUGAUCAACUCUAUGCGAAGGAGAUGUGUCGCUCUGCAUGAGGAAAAUGGUGGUCACACCAGAUACUGACUGGUUUUCUGAUCCACCUCCCUUCUUUUUUUUAAGGUAUCUGUGACCAACAGAUGAAUAUCUGUAUUCACAGUCAUGUGAAAUCCAUAGAUUAGGGCCUAAUGAAUUUAUUUCAAUUGACUGAUUUAUUUAUAUGAACUGUAACUCAGUAAAAGCUUUGAAAUUGUUGCAUGUUGCGUUUUUAUAUUUUUGUUCAGUGUAUAUACAGUAUAUUGCCAAUGUGAUCAUAUACCUACAUUUUAAAAAAUAUAAUUUCUAAAUGGUCUGAGAAGAACAACAUUAGCAAGUCAAUUCAAGCGUAGCCAAUAUGCAGUGAUAAUAUACUGGGCCUAUAGCCUACUGAACAAACCUCAUUACUACAGAACUGUUUUUAAAUGGUUCAUGUUGCAUAGGCUUACGCUUUCUGUCAUGUUAAAAAAAAAAUCUCAGUGGUAGAUCUCUGCUUGCAUUUUGACUCAAAGUGCUCUUGACUCAAAAGGUUGGUGGAAAUAAUAUUGUUUUAUAACAAAUGCGCUUUCUCCCGCGUUGGAUAGCGGUCGCUGUCCAUGGUUCUGAAACACAUCAAUGCGCUUUUGAAUUGGUGCCUUUUCCUAGACCAUGUUGCUAUGUAGACCAUGUUGCUAUGUAUACCAUGUUGCUAUGUAGACCAUGUUGCUAUGUGCAUAACAGUAAAGUUAACCAGCAUGUUGGUGUUGAGACCAAUGCAGUGGCGGCAGCAGAAUGACUUAAUGCCACAGUCACUCAGUGGUGCAGCAAGUCUGAGCCCGGCCAAUCAAAUCAAUUGUUGUCGGACUCCCCUGUAGCCAUUAGUUAGAGUGGGUUUCUGUGCAUCAGACAAGCUCAGUGCAUAUAGUUGAUUUGAUUAUCAGAGUGGGUUUCUGUGCAUCAGACAAGCUCAGUGCAUAUAGUUGAUUUGAUUAUCAGAGUGGGUUUCUGUGCAUCAGACAAGCUCAGUGCAUAUAGUUGAUUUGAUUAAACCACAUAGGAUGUCAAUAUAUGGAAAAAUACACGUUUUAAAAAGAACCGACUACUCUUGGUCAACCAAGAUUAUUUUUUAGUCUGGGACAGCCCUAAAUUCAACACUUCUUUCCAUUGGAAAAUGCUGUAAAUAAUUACCAUAUAACUUUUUGGUUCUCCUGCUAGCUGCCGUGGGGUUGGGACUACUCUGGCUCCAGUAACCUAGGAGAACUGAAGCUGGUGUUGGAGAAGAGUCUAAUGCUACGCCGUCUCAAGUCCGAGGUCCUCUCUCAGCUUCCUGCCAAGCAACGCAAGGUUGUCACGGUGACCACAGACGGUAUCAACACCCGCACCAAGGCAGCUCUGUCAGCCGCAGCCAAGGAACUGGCCAAGGGGCAACACAACAACAACGUGAGGACAGGGGAAGAGCUCAUACAUUUAGACAACCUCUAGAUUAAACUAAAUGAAAAAGAGAGUUGUUUCUAGAGCAUUCCAUUGGUAAUGUUCCUACAGUUUGAACUUGUUGUGUGAAUUGGCUCACAUUAAGUCUCGUUAAACACACUCAUCUCUUAUCUUCUGUUGGGUUUUUUUAUUUUUUUCAUUUCAGAAGAUAAAGGAGGCUCUGCUGGUUUUCUUUAACCACACAGCUGAGGCCAAGAUUAAAGCGAUCAUGUGAGUUUGAAAGCGUUUACCACACGUUGAGGGUACACUUCUGAGAGCAUGCUGUUGUAGACACGGCAGUUCUGUUUUGUUUCUGUUAUUCAGGGAGUACAUCAUGGACUUGUUAGAGUGCGGAAGAGAGAAAUUCCUGGUGUUUGCUCAUCACAAGCUGGUCCUGGACUCCAUCACCAAGGGGCUGGGAGAGAAGGUGAGGAGAACAGGAUGA